GGAGAUGCUACACAGGCGCCCUUGGGAACUAGGGCAGGAGCAGAUGUGCCCCACCCAGGGUCCCAGGGGUGGGGCCGGCAAGGGCUGCAGCGUGAGGCGGUUGAGCCCUGGAUUCCGACCACAGCAGAGCAGUUGGCGGGUGCCCCUCUUGGGAGAGGCCCCCAGGAGUAACGGCCAUGGGCCCUGGAGGGGGCCGGGUGCUGGGGGCAGGGACAGAGAAGGCCCAAGCAGAGGCCAGGGCCAUGUGGGCCAGGACGCACUGGGACGGCUACCGCCAGAGCGGGGAGCCGGGGGCACCUGCCGACACCCCUCCAGGGAGCCCACGCCAGCGGAUCGGCCAGAGGUGCCUUUGACCUGAGGGCACAUGAGGCCCAGGACAGGCCAGUUGGGCUGUGAGGCCCGCAGGGGUCAGAGCUGUGUCCCCAGGCACAACUGGCCUCUAAUAGUGCUGGGCCUGGCCGUGGGUGCCCAUGGCCUGCUGCCCCCGACGCCAGCACCGCAGAGCACGGCCCCCCGCAAGGAAACCCCGGCAGGAAGCAGCCCUUGGAGCCUGUGGCACAGCAGUUCCCUGCUCCAUCCUGGCCCCCGGGUGACAGGCCCCAGGUGCUGGCCCGGCGGGUUUUGGUCCGAGUCUCGGUCACCGUGGUACGUCUUCGGCGGCGGGACCCAGCUCACCGUCCUAGGUCAGCCCAAGUCUGCACCCUCGGUCACUCUGUUCGCGCCCUCCACUGAGGAGCUCAAGGCCAACAAGGCCACCCUGGUGUGUCUCAUCAACGACUUCUACCCGGGCAGUGUGAUGGUGGCCUGGAAGGCAGGCAGCACCACCAUCACCAGCGGCGUGGAGACCGCCCAGCCCUCGAAACAGAGCAACAGCAAGUAUGCGGCCAGCAGCUACCUGGCCCUUACGGCCAGCGAGUGGAGAUCUUAUGACAGGGUCAGCUGCCAGGUCACGCAUGAGGGGAGCACCGUGGAGAAGACAGUGGCGUCCUCAGGGUGCCCUUAGGUCCCUGGACCCCCCACCCUCCGGGGCCUGGAGCCACGGGUCCCCUAGGGGGGUCUCCCCUCCCAUCCUGGUCCCCCCAGCCCUUCCUCCUGUACCCGAUCAACUCUCAAUAGAAUGUUUUCAUCGUUAUUCAGAAAUCUCUGCUCAUUUCUUUCUUUCUUUCUUUCUUUC